AUGCUGUCUGCAUCGUGUCAGGCUGACGCACCGGCAGAUCUCAUCCUUGGCGACGCCGUGUCAACGAAAUACUUCCUGCAAGAGACUGGUGGACGAUGUGUGCUGUCGGUCCCCUCUGCGAGCGGGUACUACUUUGAAGUCAUCCAGGAGAACGGCUUUGGCUUGAGCCCCUGCCCGAAUGCUGGCCAGUGCAAGUGCAACGUCUUCAAGCCCUGCUACGGAGAUGACUGUCUGCGUGCGCGCCCCUGCACGACGGAGAGCGGCCUGCCCCACGAGCAAUGCCGCAAGCUGACCCCGUGCCAGUCGUACCGCGAGGACUUUGCCACCAACAUGCUGAUGACCAUGCCGUGCGUCACUGCCCCGCUGACGGCCCGCACCCCAGCAGAGCUGGCGGCCCUCGGUGCACUCAUGAAGACCUCCCUCCUCGCCACAUGUGGCAUCGACAGAUUGCUGUGCCGGUACGCGGGCGUGCUGCCUGGCGAAUUGCAAGUGGUGGAUGAGUCCACUGCGCUCAUUGCCGUUCUCAGCGACCUUGAUGUUGAUCGUGUUGCGCAAUGCAUUGCGGACAACGGGCCCAUCCCUGUCCAGGACUGCCAGAUCACGCGCGUGCACGCGGAGGGCGCCUCCACAACGCUGUCCUCCACGUCAUCCACCACAACUUCGACGUCAACAUCAAGCACCACCUCCACCUCCUCCACCUCCUCCUUCUCAACGACUUCCACAUCCACGUCGACCACCUCCACAUCCACGUCCACCACCACGUCUACCUCAACCACCACAUCCACAUCGACGUCGUCCACAACUAGCUCGUCCACCACCUCCACGUCCACUUCCACCACCACAUCUUCAUCAACCACAUCGUCAACAUCAACAACUUCCUCCUCCUUCUCCGCCACCACCACAACCUCCACCUCCACCUCCUCCACCUCCACCUCCUCAUCAUCGUCAUCGGUGUUCCCCUCCACCUACAGCGCCCCCGACUGCGAGAUUUCACCGCUCGUGCUCGACUGCGCGGAUCUUGCGUCACGCGACGCCGUCACGACGGCUGGCGCGUGCGGCGUUGAGAGCGUCGUCAGCUGCUGCUGUUCGGAGUUUCUCAACCUCGUUCGCGUUGGCGAGUCCGUGACAGCCGCCGCAGGCAUCACCUCGCUGGCGUUUGGCUCCGUCGCGUGGAUUGGAGGCAGCGUGUACGCACGUGGACAGUUCUUCCAGCCGGGCCGCAUUUCCACGGUGGACUUUGGCGCGCUGACAUAUGUGAACGGCGUGAUUGACCUGUACUACAACGACAUCACCUCCAUCAACACAGGCAACCUGAUGCACAUUGGCGGACUCAACCUCGGCAACAACGAGCUGUACACCGUCGCCUUUCCCAACCUGCACACCAUCACGGGGAUGCUCAACUUGGCCUACACGCGCGUGGGCGUGGUGGACCUCGGCCCCAUCCAGCGCAUCGACGGGUACUUUGAUGUUGGCGACUCCUGGAUCACGUCCCUCGACUUUGGACAGACCACCCACAUUGGCGGAGACGUGUUUGUCGGCUUCACGGGUCUUGAGACGGUCAACCUUGGUCCCCUGCGCACCGUCGGUGGCUCGCUCAUCCUGGAGUACAACUCGCUCACCACCGUCGACUUUGGCGACCUCACGUCCGUGGAGGGCACGUUGUAUCUUGGCGGCAACCAGCUGACAGCCAUCGACCUGACGACGCUGACGUACAUUGGCGGUGACAUCCACGUGGACAGCAACACGAUGCUAACGGAGAUCAACUGCAACGGUCUCGGAUCGUGCAUCAGCGCAGACUCUGGUGCCACCCUCAUCAACUGCCCGGCCGCCUGCUGA